AACAAUUAAUCUUACCCAGUAUAGCUCACAAUAGGGGUCGAUGUUGGUUGUUUAUAUAUUGUUUAUAGGUGUAUAUAUUUCUCUAGAAUCUUUAACUCAUAUGGAGAUGUCACCAUUGCCGGUGAAGGGUUGUAAAUUGUAGGCCUAUGCUCAGCGUUUACGGCCAUUGAGCAGGGAGGAAUUUAUCGUGCCACACCUACUGUGACACAGGGCCUCGGUUUUUGCGUUCUCAUAAGAAAGAUCGCCCCAUUUAGUCGCCUCUUACGACAACCAAGGUGUACUGAGGACCUAUUCUAACCCAGAUUCCAACAGACUCGGAGGAAUUGAAUAUAAAAAGCGAAAACAAAUGUCACAGUACGCUGUCCUCUGUUUUUGGAUGGUAGCUACAGCGGUCUCUGUGGUCGAAUGUAAUCCUAAAUGCGGGAAUGAGAUCCGGAAGUCCAAAGGGACCAUUGUAUUGGGAAGGCCAAAAGACUCACACUGUACGUGGACUAUAGUCGUAUCGAAAACCCGUGGUGUCACUUUCCGGAUAUCAGCUCUACGAGUAGCGCAGAUAAAUCGCAACACAUGUCAUGACAGCUAUCUCAAGCUGGAAGAGGUUAGAGGUGAAAGGAGGACAUUACUGAAGGAUUACUGUAAAUCAGUACCACGUGAUUAUAUCAAAACGCGCCAUAACCAAGUAAUGGUGUCGGCUUACAAUGUCGGAUUUAAGCUUACCUGGAAUGUUAAUGUACCAAGGGGAGUCAACCGAAAGACAGUGGAAACGUCUACAGCACUGGGGAACCACGAAACCACUGUAAACACGCAGAAAGAAAGCGUCUUCCUCAACCUCCUGAAAGAAAAGAAGUACAUCGUGUUGGCGGUGGCAUCUGGAAUGUGCGUCACUUUUAUCAUCAUCUUUGCAGCCAUGAAAACAUGUGCUAGAAGGCGAGACCUUGGUGUAAUAGGUGGAGAAAAUCAUGAGAUGAACGUUACGUCAGAGAUGAAUGGUCAACUAACCACAAGAAAGUCAGUGCAGGGGGUGUGCGAGGAGAUUUAUCGACAGGAGGAUCAUUACGACGACAUCCACAUCGAUAAAUCUGAUGGUCAGAGUGGUUACAGCAAAAUUUCUAGACAGAAUACCAGUAGUCGCCAUCAACAGAAUGAAGGGAGGGGAAAAACCACACAUACAUGUAUGGAGGACCGUUGUCUUGAUCUAUCAAGCGUUUGUAAACAAGAAAAUGGAGACGAUCUGAAUGACUAUAUGAACCAGUUCAACCACGGCAAAAAUCAGACGGAACGUAGAAAGGAGAACCGGCGUAACAGUGCGUGCCCUUCCCUUACCGAGAGCACCGCGGACAGUACCUUGUACGUCAACAGCUACCAGUUCAUGAGCGGAGCGCGACGUAGCACGUCGUGCACCCCAUCCAGCUCAUCCUCCGACUCUGCGGAAUACGUCAAUGUUACCGACGCCAUCUAAUUAGCUUUUACAUACUCAUAUGUGAUGUAAAUAUGUAUAUAAAAAUGAGAUCUGUU